AUGGGGGCUGGAGCGAGCGCUGAGGAUAAACACUCCAAAGAGCUGGAGAAGAAGCUGAAGGAGGAUGCCGACCUUGAUGCGAGAACUGUCAAGCUGCUGCUGCUAGGUGCUGGAGAAUCAGGCAAAAGCACUAUCGUCAAACAGAUGAAAAUUAUCCACAAAGAUGGUUACUCACUUGAAGAAUGCAUGGAGUUCAUCGUCAUCAUCUACAGCAACACCUUGCAGUCCAUGAUGGCCAUUGUGAAGGCCAUGACCACAUUCAAUAUGAACUAUGGCCACAAUGAUCAGCAGGAUGAUGCCAGGAAACUCAUGCAUCUUGCAGACACCAUUGAGGAAGGCUCCAUGCCUAAAGAGUUGGCAGAUAUCAUUGUGCGCCUGUGGAAGGACUCUGGCAUACAGGCGUGCUUUGAGAGAGCCUCAGAGUAUCAACUCAACGAUUCCGCUGGAUACUACCUGAAUGACCUGGAGCGACUGGUCCAACCGGGCUACGUGCCCACUGAGCAGGAUGUGCUGCGAUCACGAGUGAAGACAACUGGUAUCAUCGAGACCACGUUUUCCUUCAAAGAUCUCCAUUUCAGAAUGUUUGAUGUGGGGGGCCAGAGGUCAGAGAGGAAGAAGUGGAUCCAUUGUUUUGAGGGUGUGACGUGCAUCAUCUUCAUUGCUGCUUUAAGCGCCUACGACAUGGUGCUGGUGGAGGAUGAUGAAGUGAAUCGAAUGCACGAGAGUCUACACUUGUUCAACAGUAUCUGCAAUCACCGCUACUUUAUCGCUACCUCCAUUGUACUCUUCCUCAACAAGAAAGAUGUGUUCACUGAGAAGAUCAAGAAAGCUCAUCUCAGCAUGUGCUUCCCUGAUUACGAUGGCCCCAAUACGUAUGAGGAUGCUGGUGCCUACAUCAAAAUGCAGUUCUUGGACCUGAAUCUGCGGAAAGACAUCAAAGAAAUCUACUCUCACAUGACCUGUGCCACAGACACAGAGAACGUCAAGUUUGUGUUUGACGCCGUAACCGACAUCAUCAUCAAAGAAAACCUGAAAGAUUGUGGUCUCUUCUAA